AUGUCCAAGGAGCUCCCAUUCCACCUCCACCCCUUCUACCCUGGGCACCCACUGCUCCUGCCUCCACCUUGCCUGCUCUCCUGUAGGGCCCAGUCUUCCACCCAGUGCCCCUACCUCUUCAUGUGGCCUCAAGAAACCUCCUGCAUCCCCACGGUGGUGCCCAGCUCACUCAUGACGGCCAACGAGCCUGGAUGGCACAACGCCCAGGGGAGAACCUUGUCUUCUUGCCCAGAGACUUUUCAAGCCUCUGGCCACGCCUUACCCUCCCAGUCCCAAAAUCCAGGCCCCACAUCAUCGACCCUGACCUGCUGCCCAGGGCUGGAGCAUGCUGGCAUGGCGGCGCCAGCUACCCAGGCCCCACUGGGCUCCCGGGCAGGCGCCGCAGCCCUGCCUUACCCGCUGAAGAAAGAGAAUGGCAAGAUCCUGUAUGAAUGCAACGUGUGCAGCAAGAGCUUUGGGCAGCUCUCCAACCUCAAGGUUCAUCUGCGAGUGCACAGCGGGGAGCGUCCGUUCCGGUGUGCCCUGUGCCAGAAGAGCUUCACCCAGCUUGCUCACCUGCAGAAGCACCACCUGGUGCACACUGGGGAGCGGCCGCACCAGUGUCCGAUGUGCCCCAAGCGCUUCAGCAGCUCCAGCAACCUCAAGAUGCACCUGCGCCUGCACUGGGGGGCCCAGCCCUUCCAGCGCCUGUGUCGCUGCAGCCGGCAAGGCACGUUUGCCGAAGCUGCGCCGUCCGCUGCAGGCCCCGCCCACCCCUACCUGGCCGCCCCUGCCCAGAGGCGCCAUGGGUCUCCAGGUCUUGCGGCAGCGCCAUCAGAGAAGCAGAGGGGCUGGGACGCGGACAAGGUGUCCUCGGCGUCUCUAGGGAAGCAAACACAGUCGGCCUGA